UAUCCUCUUCACUCCCUCUGCUACUAGCCUCACCACUCUUAAGCGACAAAAGAUUGUUGCUACCAGCACCUAAGCUUGAAUGGAGGGUGAGAAGAACUCGUCCGGGGACCUGAUGUCCAGCAGCAAGCUGGUCGCGGAGGCCGCCAGGACAGCCUACGAGAAGAAGAGCGUCGAGGGCAUCGACAAGGAAAAGGUAGCCGCCGCCUCCGCCGAUAUCCUGGACUCCGCCGCCAAGUACGGCAAGCUAGAGGACAAGCCGGUGGGCCAGUACCUCGAGAAGGCCGAGGAGUACCUGAAACAGUACAGCUCCGGCGGUGCAGAGAAGACUGAUGCACCUGCUGCCGCUGACGCACCGAAGCCGGAUGCACCCAAGGAGCCAGCGCCUGCGCCUGCACCUGCACCCGCCGUGGAGGAAGAGAAAUCGUCCGACGGGUUCGGUCUCGACGACGUCAUGAAGGGGGCUGCAUCGCUAUCAGGGAAGAAGGGUGACGGGGAGGAGAAGGAGAGCGGCGGCGGCGGCUUCAUGAAGAUGGCUCAGGGGUUCAUGAAGUAGAAGUCGGGUUUCUGCUUCUACUACAUGCAUGUAGCUCUUGCUAAGUUCGUGCGCUGCGUUCCUUUUUUGUAUUUUAUUACUGUAUAAAAUAAUAACGUCGUGGUUGCGCUUAA